AGCUGCUUUCUGAUGGCUUGGGAAUCAUCUGACGAGUAUGCACAGGCUCUCCUGGCUCUGGCACGUUCGCAGCCGUCCAACUUGCCAACUCCAAGUAGUACUCCCAGCACCUCCUGCAUUCAAAACGCCUCGUUCGUGCCACCGCCGCAUGCAUAUAGCAGGCAACACGUGCGGACAGAUCAAGCGUAUAACACUAUCCAACACCAGCCACUGGCGCACUCAACAUUUGUCAACGACACUACAAGAGUCAGUGCUAGGGGUAGGGAUAACCAUAAUGUAGGCCUGGACUACUAUGGUAACCGCGGACGGAGUCGAGGGACUCCAAUGGCUCCCUUCCCAUUGCCUUCACUAUGUCCGGAGCCCAGCACACCCACACCUACCAAGGGUAAUGUAAAACGUGCUCGUGCAGGCACAAUUACUCCAAAAUCGAGAUCAGCCAAGAAGCCCCGUAGAUAUAGUACCACCAAGGCCAUGCAGAUGAACACGAUUACAGAGGAGAAUGUCUUCCCUCCUAACAUCAACCUGGAAGACGAUGGUGAUCAUGUAGACCAGGUGAUACGAAAUACCCGCUGGUCUGCUGACGAAAAGACCCUACUGUUCGAGUGUAUACUUGGCCCUGACUCUGACGACAUUUUUGAAUUGCUCAAAGUCGCUCCAAAGGCACUUUCGGUGACGAAUUUCAAGGGCAAAUAUAGCUGGAAGUCAAUGAAGAGCCAAUUUACUCGUUCUAUGGCAACAUACUCGUUGAUCGUAGUUUUUGAGGCAUAUACUAGCAAUGGCGACGAUGGCAGAGAUGACCCACCCGACGACAAUGGAACCUUCUUCGCAAACCUUGGGAAGAAUCGGCCGAGUAAGUCGUUGCGGUCUGCGAUCGAUGCCAAUCUACUCGAGAAUCAAAUCACGAAUGCUAAGGCUGCUGGCCAUAACGUUGGGGGACUUUCUGCUAAAGUGAUCAAUGAAUGGUAUACUCAAGGUUGGUUCGAACUUUUCUCUAUUAGGUAUGGGAAGAGUCAGCAGACAGCUGUGUCAAUGGCAACAAUAGAUGAGUUUCUGAAGCAGAAGGGGGAGUUGGACCAACAACGUUUUGAAGCUCAGCAAGAACGGUUGGCUCGAGAGGAGAAGCAAGCGGAACGCAUGUCAAAGAUUGAGGUUGCUCGCGCCAUGCUAUCAGCUCCCUCCAUCCAAGUUGAUCCUGAUGUGAAGGCUGCAGCAAGUAGGUUCCUUUGCCGCUUCUUUGAUACUUGA